AUGGAAAAUCACUGUUACUACUUCAUUGGAUCAAAUUGUAUAAUUCAAUGUUUCAGGACAUGUCAGUACGUUAUUAGCGCAACAAGUGCUGAAAGGAUAGCAUUGUUACAGAACGCAAGCAACGCGUGGGAUGGGGAGAUUAAACAGAUUACAAAACAUGCAAAUCUGGUACAAGUUGACAAUGGAAAGAAGAUUCCAAGUACGGGUUGGGUUUGUGAAGCUGAAGGCUGUGCACUGAGCGAAAAUCUUUGGUUGAACCUGACUGAUGGUGCCAUCAGAUGCGGCCGCAGUCAGUUUGUAGCCGAAGGUCAAAUGUGCAAAGGAAACAACCAUAUGAAACAGUACUAUGAUGCUACUGGGUUCCCCUUGGUUGUAAAAUUAGGCACUAUCUCAAGUGACGGGACUGCUGAUGUGUUCAGGUUAUUUGAUCAUCAUGUGCUUAGUUAUGAUGAGGACGAUGCAGUCAUUGACCCAAAUUUGGACAAACAUCUGGCCCACUUUGGUAUCGAUGCUAAAAGUUUGAAGAAGACAGAGAAAAGCACGCUGGAGUUGGAGCUUGAUAUGAAUCAAAAGUGGGAAUGGGCAAAAUGUCAAGAAGAUGGAGCCAGUCUGGAAAAUAUAUAUGGACCAGGUUAUACUGGGUUGAUAAAUAUUGGAUCUAGCUGUUACGUAAACUCG